AUGGGUAAAUUGUGUCCGCUGUUGGGACCCAAAAUGUCUGCUUUUUGGUGAGUUUUUAUUUUUUAAUUUUGUAAAUUUUGUUCAUUUCAGCAUGAUCAUGUCGUUUUGGGGCGUAGUCUUCCUCGGAAUACUCGGUGUUUUCUUUUAUAUUCAGGUUGAAAGAAAAUUAACAUUUGGUUGAAAUCUGAAUCAUUUAAGGCGGUAACUCUUUUUCCGGAUCUUCACUUCUCUGACGAAAACGCUGUACCAUCCACAAGGUAUAUUUUUUGCGUUUUUCUCUCUAUAUUAACCUCACAUUGGACUUUUUGAUUGUGUAAUUUAAUGAAUAAUUAAAAAAUUUUUUUCAAGCUGAUUUUCAACUAUAAGUGGAAAAGUUAUAUAAACAGCAACUCUAAUUAUUGUUCAAGCGAAAUGAAAAUAUACACCUCAAUUAUUGCGUUGAACAGUUUCAAUUGAGCCUAUUUCAGUGACGUUGAUCAGAAAUACAGCGAAAAGGCGACACAAUGCUGGAUUGCCGCUGGAAUGUAUGCCGUCACUUUGAUAGUUGUUUUCUGGCAGAACAAGUACAACACAACUGCGAUAUUCUGA